AUGGCGGCCAUCGUGGCGGCGCGGGCGUCUGCCCCCGGCGGCGCUGCCGUGAGCACUAUCGCCGCGUUCCACAGCCACGCGUCCCCUUCCCACGCGCUCCCGCUCGCCUCCUCCUCCAUCGGCGGCGCCAGGUGGUACUACCACGCCUCCGCGUGCUGCUUCGCCACCAAGCCCACCGCGCCGACCGCCGCCGAGCUCGUCGACCAGGACCCCGCCACGGCCACGCAGGAGGCCGCCAAGCCGCACCGGAAACGCCGGUCUCGGAAGGCGAAGAAGUCCGACACCGCCGCCAAGGAGGAGGACGGGACGGGUGACGAGACGGCGGCGGCGGCGGCGGCGGCGGAGGACGAGGCGAAAAGGAAGAAGAAGGAGGCGCCCAGCGCCGAGGAGAGCGCCCGGGCAUUGGUGGCCGGCCUCGACGACGUGAUCGUCAACCCCGUCGGCCUGGGCCGGCGGUCGCGGCAGGUGUUCGACGAGGUGUGGCGCAAGUUCUCGCGGCUGGGCCAGAUUUCGAGCGCCUCCUCCAUCGCGCUGGCGGAGGAGGAGCAGGCCGUGCUUAUCCGCGGAGGACCCAUGUGUGAGUUCACCGUGCCUGGGGCGCAGGACACCACCGUCCUCGUCGUCGGCGCCACCAGCCGCAUCGGCCGCAUCGUCGUGCGCAAACUCAUGCUCCGCGGAUACAAUGUCAAGGCUUUAGUAAGAAGAAACGACCCUGAAGUGAUAGAUAUGCUCCCAAGGUCAGUGGACAUUGUUGUUGGCGAUGUUGGUGAUCCUGCAACUGUCAAAGCAGCAGUAUCAGGCUGCAGCAAGAUAAUCUAUUGUGCAACUGCACGCUCAACUAUUACAGGAGACCUAAAUAGGGUCGAUAACCAAGGAGUAAGGAAUGCUAGCAAGGCUUUCCAGGAUUACUACAACGAAUUGGCCCAGCUCAGGGCUGGUAAAAGCAGCAAGAGCAAACUCCUGAUAGCAAAAUUCAAGUCUGCAAAGUCCUUGAAGGGUUGGGAGAUGCAGCAGGGUUCUUACUUCCCAAAUGCUUUUGUUUCUAGAUUUGAUGAAGGUAUCGAUGCAUCACUGGAUUUUUCAGAAGAUCAGCAGGCUGUUUUCUCAGGAUUUGUAUUCACAAGAGGUGGAUAUGUUGAGAUAUCAAAAAGGCUUUCUCUUCCUCUAGGUUCCACCCUAGACAGGUACGAUGGUUUACUUUUUUCAGUGGGAGGAAAUGGAAGAUCAUACGUUGUUAUUCUUGAAACUGGUCCAUUGGCAGACACGACCCAGAGCAAGAAGUAUUUUGCUCGGAUGACUACAAAAGUAGGCUUUUGUAGGGUAAGAGUGCCAUUUUCAUCUUUUCGGCCAGUAAACCCACAAGAUCCUCCCCUCGACCCUUUUCUUGUGCAUACACUAACCAUUAGGUUUGAACCAAAAAGGCAGAGACCUGGUGAUGGAUCUCAAAAUGCUAGUGAUCCUCGAAACUUUGAGCUGAAACUGGAAUACAUCAAAGCUUUACCUACUGGUCAAGAAACAGACUUCAUAUUGGUGUCAUGUUCAGGUUCUGGAAUUGAAUCUAACAGAAGAGAACAAGUUCUCAAAGCCAAGAAGGCUGGAGAAGAUGCACUGCGGAGGUCAGGCCUUGGAUAUACAAUCGUGCGCCCGGGUCCUUUGCAGGAGGAACCUGGUGGCCAGCGUGCACUGAUCUUUGAUCAAGGGAACAGAAUCUCUCAGGGUAUCAGCUGUGCUGACGUGGCAGAUAUUUGUGUCAAAGCAUUGCAUGAUUCCACUGCAAGAAACAAAAGUUUUGAUGUAUGCUAUGAGUACGUCGCUGACCAAGGGAACGAGCUGUAUGAGCUUGUGGCUCAUCUGCCUGACAAGGCUAACAACUAUCUUACACCAGCACUCUCUGUUCUAGAGAAGAAUACCUGA